AUGGUGAUCAAACUUUGUUCUCGUUCUGCCAAAGGCAACCGGUUCAAGCGAGCCAUUCCAUGGGUUGACUUUUUUCAAGCCGCUUACGGCAAGCUCAAGAGAACAACUCACAUAGCUUUGUCCAUGGAGGUAUCCAAGUCAACAGUUUCCUUUAUGAACGCUAUGGUUGGAGCUGCGUAUCAAGGUCAGCAGUUGACAUUGUUGGCAAAACUGAUUCUUCUUGCAAGACAUGAGCCUCCACUAGCACUCAUUCAGCAGAUCAAGUGGGACGAAACAUCACUUCUUUGCAGUGUGAACCCUGACAGAAGCAACGCCAGAGUUCGAUCAACAUGGGAGACUAUGGUUGCGCGCCAACGAAUCAUACUGGUUUGGCCUAACGGGUCAUGUUUGAUUGUCAGAAUUGUCUUGCCACCAGUUGUACUAUUGGGAAGCGCAGCACAACACAUUUUUUAUGCGAUGCAGUAUCAUCCGAGUUACCGAAGCAUUACUGAAUUGCUGGGGCAUUUGGCAGCAUCAUGUUUUCACAGACUUCAAGUGUUUGAAUCUGAUGGAGCAUAUUCCAACGACAGGCUAUAUGCUCAUCUUGUCCAACGAAACAAGUUGGCGCAAUUCAGAUACCACUUGACGCAUGUGCGGUGCCAAAAUCACCAAACACAGCUCUGCAACGUAGCUCUUUUUGCAGCGGUCGGACACAAUAUAUUGAAUCGCCUAUACGGGAUGACAGUGUUUCUCAGGAACUUGGGUCAUUGGAUCCGUAUCAAACAAACUGUCUUUGCUUGGGUCGAUGCCAACUUGGAGUUCAGACCUGAAUUACUUGCUGACAAUGCCACUGGGCAAUCCAGAAGUCACGCAGCUCUUGUUGAGAUGAUUGAGUUUUUGAAGUGGAAUCGAAAAUGCGAAUCUGAUUUGGAAGGCCCUGAUUCAGGCACAUUUGAGAAGAAAGCUAAGGCUUUCCUUGAAAUGUGGAAUUCAGAUCCAGCAAAUCCCAAGCCGGGCCACAUUUGUUCACAUGAAUCUCUACCUGCCUGUCAGCGGCACUGCGCAAACCGCAGUGAAGCUGUUAGAAAGUGUGUGGACACUCUGAUGGAUCUCUUUCUCAACACCAUGCCCUCUGUGCCGGCGCCGAACAAGUGGGCUACCCACUAUAGCCCACUCGACUUCUGUCUUGCGGGCUAUAUGGUGCACAAGUGGUUGUGUCAAGUGUUCAAAGGCGCAUUUCAACACGUCAAAUUUCAGGAAUACAACCCUUUGGAUGAGAAUGCAGAUCCGAAAUUGAUCGAGACACUUUGUUUUCACCUGGUGAAUGGGCGACGAUUUCAAUCUUCUGUGAGCUUCCUCGAAGAUCCCGAAGAUCAAUGGGCCGUGGUACUUUUGUCUCUUUCUUUAGAACCCAACCGAAUCUUGACAUGGUAUUGGUUGGCAUGUCUCUCCAAGACCUUGAAAUACAAGCAGCGGCCGCCAUUGCAUUUGCUGCUUGAUCCUAGGACAAGCAUCGUUUGCCAAGCCCUUCAAUUUCUGAGCUCGCUGUUGUUGAGUAAGACAGGCGAGGGUCGCUUGAUUCUUCUGUGGGGACAUUUCGGGUUCGAUUCGUACCAAGAGUUUUGCAGCCGUGAGAUUGGAAAGUGCAGAAAGAUCAGACGAAUUUUGAUGCUGGCUGCCGGUUGGAUCUAUCGCAGACACUAUAUGUAUCUGAAUGGGGAUUCUUUUGCAAUCACAAUGUGCGGGGAUGAUGCUGCUCAUCCGGAGACGUUGCAAUCCUUCUGUGAUUUUUGGGACUGCAAACAUUCCUGUUGUGUUCCACCAGGUCUUUGUAGGGACUGGAAACAAAUGGGGCUCACAUCAGAAGAACUCUGCCACGGCAACGCGAGGAGUGUUCUCUACUGGCUAGCUGCUACAAUUCAAUGUUCAAUUGCUGACAUUGAAUCUAUGCACAGUCAGAACAGGUCAUUGUGA